CACCUUCAACACUUCCACUGGAACGCCAACAAACCAAUACCAAAAGCUGUCAUCUCGAAGCUCGAAAUGUGCUGGCCUCACGUGAAGCUUCAUGUGAAUAAUACACGCCGUGACAAAGCCGACGAUCAGGAAAUGAACAUGGAUAUGCGUCUUCUGUUAUCCCCGCUAAUUUACUCGCUGACAUACGAGGUCUUCUACAUGUAUAUGGGAAGCGGUAACGUCGCACACUCAGAGCUACCCAAGCUCAAAGAAGUCCUUUUGAAGAGCCAAAGACUCCGGAUCCUCAAACUGGGCUUCCACCUUGGUGUACCAACGUACCCGCCUGGGCCUGAACGAGAGCGUAAUAAGUCGACUUACAAGAUUGGCAUCACGCAAAGCCGAGAAAACAUUCAUCCCCUAAACUUGCUACUCCAGCCGGGCGACAAAUUACCCCCUCUAGAAGAGCUUCACCUACCGAUGCAGUACAACUGGAGCCGCGAGCACUGCCAAAUCUUCCGAAGUAGUACGGAUUGGACCCAGAUUCGCCGACUAGAUAUCGGUUUUGGCUGUCCGCAAAUCUUUUUCGAAGAGUUCCAAGGCCAGACACCCGGCCUGAAGUCCUUCCACACGAGCUUCCGACAGGGUCCAAAGAGAUGGGAAGGUGCCCCGCCCACUUGUGGCGAUAAUCCGGGAUGCGUCGUUAGUUUCUUCGACGCUAUCGAUGCCUUGGAGGAGCUACAUAUCAGCAAUCAUGACAACGACGCAGGUAUCCUCUUUGACGCAAUCUUGAAACACAGCCAAAGUCUCCGCAAGCUCCAGUUCUUCACUUCACUGGAUCAGGAAUACCGCCGCAAACAACCUGUAGUAUGGGGAGCUGAAAAGCUAGAGCAGCUUCGUGAGCAAGCUCCCAACUUGCAAGAUUUGGGCAUCGAUAUCGGCCUCGUCGGCGAAGACCAUACCUGGCCCACUGACACCACCGCCGUCCUCACCCGCUUCAGCCACCUCCACACCCUCCGUCUCGCCCUCCACAUCCCGAUCGCCGCCAACGAGUUCUCAGUCAAAUACGAGUACGACCCGUUUGAAGGCGAUGUCAGCCCACCUGCCUUACGUAUCGGGCUUGC